GUGUCAGUCCUACACAGUGAUCACCGGUCAUGGACGUAUACGCUAGGCAACGCAAAAUAUGUCGUUCCAUAUAAUAAACCCUGUCCUGAUCAUGAGUGCUCCCCGGUGAUUGGGUAUUCCUUAUUGUGACCCCGGCUACAUACAACAGAGAUAACACCGUUCGUGUACUGUAUAUAUACUCCGGUGGAGGUGAGCUGUAUAACUAUAAGGACAAAGACAGUGACCAGUCAUCUCGUCAGUGUAACAACUCAUACCAACAAUGUCGUCUCUCAAAUCUCACUCAAAAGAUUCCAAGUUGCCAGCUUUAACGCCCGGAAAACUAAGGCUGUACAGUAUGAGGUUCUGUCCUUUUGCUCAACGAACCAGAUUAGUAUUAGUCCACAAGAAAAUAGAAUUUGAGACGGUGAACGUUGAUCUGAAGGCGAAACCUGAUUGGUUCCUGGAGAGAAAUCCGCUUGGAUUGGUUCCUGUUCUAGAGCAGGAUGACAAGGUUCUAUACGAGUCAGUAAUCACGUGCGACUAUCUUGAUGACGUCUACCCUGACAACAAACUAAACCCCUCUGACCCUUACCAACGGGCACGUGACAGGAUUCUUCUGGAGAGUUACGGCAAGGUGGUGACUAAUUACUACGGAACGUUCAGGAGCCAAGGCAAGGACAAAGAGAUUUUGGAGAAUCUAUGGAAAAGUUUGACACCUUUUGAGAAAGCAAUCGGAGAAAGGGGUACCUACUUCGGAGGCGACAAACCAACAAUGCUGGACUACUUUGUGUGGCCAUGGUUUGAACGAAUGGGCGUGUUUUCAGCCAUAUUACCUGGCGUUGAUCCCAUGCCGGCUAAGCAGUUCCCCAAACUCACAGCUUGGGUGGAAGUGAUGAAGUCGCUGCCUGCUGUCAAGGAAACCAUGUUUGAUAUCCCCACACAUGUCGCAUUUUAUAAAGGAUACGCCGCAGGAAAACCCGACUACGAUGUCGGUCUAUGAUGUACAAACUAACUGGGAUGUAGGAUUCCGACUGACGCUGUGAUAUAUAAUGUAAACUGACACUAAGACCGAUAUCUAGUAUAUAUUAUGAGUUUUACAUGGACGGAACGGCCAUAUAUUGCAGUAAAAUAUUUGUUGUACUUACUGGAAGAUAAAUGAAUCCAUUUGCAAUUUAGCAGAACCCCCCUGUUUGUCACUGCUCGACUUUUUGUAUGUAUGUUUUCUAUACUUUAACGUUAUGGAAAAUAAACUGUUUGAUAUAUAUAUGAUACUAAGAAA